UCUUCGAACGAUCAGUUCGAUAGGAUUAUCUAUCUUCACGAUGAAGCUCUUCCACGGAUUACGAAAGUUUCUCAUGAGGCUCAUCGAUCUCACUCUCCCUUCCUCCUCUCGCCGGCAUAAGAACUCACGCAACGGUUCCCACGACGGAGAGAGGUUUGAGCCGCCGAAGGUUUCGUGUAGUAGUUCGUACUAUUCGUCUCAUGUACACUACAGUGAAGCUAUCGCUGAUUGCAUAGAGUUUUUCAACAAGUCUUCGGCUAUGUCUUGUGAUGAAGAUCAUGAAGCUUACGUUUAGUGAUCAACAUCUCAAAAGGCAAA